CGCAAAAGCCGAGAGGAAAAACUGAAUCAACUGUUCGGAUCACCGCCACCGGAUUUCGCCGUAAGCGAACGACCGCAGCAAAAAUCCGUAUUCGUAGCGUACGUUCUGUGGCUUUUCGGCGGUUUCUUCGGGGUGCAUCAUCUGUACCUGCACCAGGAUCGACGGGCGUUCGUGUGGUGGUGUACGCUGGGUGGCUAUUUCGGGGUAGGAUGGCUUUCGGAGAUCUACCAAAUACCGGCUAUGGUGCGGGAUUGCAACGAAGAUCCCCGGUUCGUGGAAGAGUUUCGCGAGAAGAUUCGAACCCACAAGAAGCCGCCGUUCAACACGCCCCGCUUCGUGAUGGCCAUUAUGGUUGGGUUUUUGUUCGGGCAGAUGAUUAUGAUUUCGAUUCCGCAGGAAGUGUUUGCCGGCGUUGAUUGGAGCUUUUUGCAUUGGUUGAUUCCGUUGGGUGUAGCAAUUGGUGUUUGGACGGUGGGUAAUACUGGCCGAGAAAAAGGAGUCUUCUGGCAUAGCUUGGUGGGUGCUUACAUAUCGUAUCCACUGCGAUACUUUGUGCUAGACGAAGCCUAUUGGUUUACCCUGAUGGCAUUUGCUUCGGCGUUCGCAUUUGACAAUUUCUCGAAAGAAUGGAAUUUGGAGGUUCCAAAGCGUGAAAAACUUGUGAAGCGAGCAGCAAUAAUCGUUCCUUGUGUUAUACUGUAUUUAUCCUUAUGGGGAUGUUUCUUCUACUUCAAUGGUACUAUAACUGAUUCGGAAGGCGACGAAGUUCCGGUGCAUGAAGCGAUACACAACUUUAUCAAAUCUCCUUGGUGGACGGAUUUGAAGCAAACCAUUUCUGAUACAAUUCAAUUUGCAAAACAUAACGGAUGGGCAGAGGUUUGGAAACAGAUUAUAGACUCGAUGGACGCCGAUGGAGAGCAAAACGCCUACAAGGUGCUGGGAGUAAGCCCUACGGCUUCUCAAACCGAAAUUACAUCGAUUUGGAGGAAGCUAUCGCGGGAGAACCAUCCGGAUAAGGUGAAAGACGAAGCCCAACGUCGGGCGGCGCAGGAGAAAUUUAUGGAAAUACAGCAAGCCUAUGAGGUGUUGAGUAAGAUUAAAUCAAAAAGACGGCAGCGAAAUAAGAAAUCGAACGAAGAUCUCUAG